GAUACACAUACAUCUUCAAUCUUCAUACUUCAUGCCGUUUUAUGUUUUAAUUUUGAUUUUAAUAUAGCAACGCAGAUAAAUAUAUGUACGCGAACAUGAGCAUUAAGUUGGAGUAUAAUUAAAAUUUUUAUUCCUUCUUUUAUAAUUGUGCUCUUUUUUUUUAUCCUUACGUUUAUUUACACAAAUUUGUUGCUUUUAUGAUCUGAGUAAUCCAACAAAAAUAUAACCAUAAUGACUACUGAUAUAGUAGCAACAUUAAAAGAGCCGAGAAUGAUAAAAAUAUGCGCUCCGAUGGUUAGAUACAGCAAGUUACAAUUUAGAACACUUGUAAGACGGUACGAAUGCGACAUUUGUUUUACUCCUAUGAUCAUGGCGGAUUCGUUUGUGCAAUCAGCAAAGGCUAGAGAUAAUGAAUUUACUACUCAUAAAGAAGAUAAGCCACUUAUUGUUCAAUUUGCGGCUAAAACAGUAGAGGAUUUUGUGGGUGCUGCAGAGAUGGUUGCACCGUAUUGCGAUGGUGUAGAUUUAAAUUGUGGGUGUCCACAACGUUGGGCUAUGAAGGAAGGAUAUGGAGCUGAUUUGUUAAAAAAACCAGAACUUGUGAAAGAUUUGGUAUAUCAAAUCAGAAAUCGUAUUCCUAGUCCAUUCACUGUUUCCGUGAAGAUACGACUGUUAAAGGACAUACGCCAGACAAUAAUGUUUUGUCAAAUCUUAGAGAAAGCUGGCGCCUCAUUUUUGACAGUCCAUGCGAGGACUCCUGAGAUGCGUAAUGAACCUAUCGAUUUGGAUAAUCUUAAACUUCUUAGAGAUUAUGUACAGUUGCCUCUUGUCGCAAAUGGUGAUGUGAAAAACUUAGAAAAUGCAGAAUUUUUAUUCAAAGAAUCUAGGUGCGAAGGUGUAAUGUCUGCAAGAGGUAUUUUAACUAAUCCGGCAUUAUUUACGGGACCUGCUGUUACCCCGCUUGUUUGCGUUCAAGAUUGGUUAAACAUCACAUCAACUGUACCAACUGAAUUUCAAUGCUUCCAUCAUCAUUUGGUAUUUAUGUUGGAAAAGAUUCUACCCAAGAAAGAUCGAAUAUUAUUUAAUAAUUUACAAAAUAAGUCAUCGGUAUUAGAGUUUUUAGAAAAUUAUUAUAAUAUAAGACCAAACAUUCAAUCUAGUUCAAUAGAAUUAACUAAAUGUAAUUUUGAUACCUCUUACAUAGAACGUAAACAAAAAUAUACUGAUUACUGGGAGUCUAAUGACUUUUUAGGAAAUAUAUUUAGUUCUUCAAAUUCAUAAAACAAUGUUGUUUUUAUUUUUAUGAAGUUGUACCUUUAAAUUCUUUUUAUCUUGUAAAAUAGAUACAAGAUGUUUUUAAA